AGCACGUGGAUGAGCUGUCACUCUCAGAUAAAAUAGUUAAAUCGAUGCGGCGUCUUGGAAGGACAAAGAGAACACGCAGAAAGAAACGAACAAAUAAACCUGUUAUUGACUUCUCUGAAGAAAUUGUCGGUUUGUCAAAAUGGAUGAAAAAAGAAUCCAAAACUCAUGGUUUUAAAUGGAGGAGCAUAUUAUAUCCAGCGAAUUUUUUAGAUACUGGGAGGGGUAUGAUGACAAGAGAAACCCUUCAUCCUGGGGACACCAUUGUGUCCAUACCACAACAUCUACUCAUCACUGUAGAGACCGUCCUGUCUUCAAGUAUUGGUGAACUAGUCAAAAGACAGAAGUUGAAGCUUUCCAGCCAACAACUUCUUUCCCUUUUUCUCCUGAGUGAAAGGAACAAGGGAGAUAACUCUUACUGGCAUCCAUACAUAGCUACCCUUCCAAUGACUCACACAACCAUAGGGUACUUCUCAGCUAGGGAGUUAACUCUGUUUCCACAAAAAUUAAGAAAAGCAGCAGAGUCCAGAAUCUCUGACAUAAAACAAGCAUACUUUGAGGUGAAAGACUUCCACUCAGGGGAGACAAUUCUGUAUGAGGACUUUUUGUGGGCGUGGUUCUGUGUGAAUUCUCGAUCAGUCUUUUACAGGUUAGCAAGGUCGGAGUUUGUGAGGGAGGAUGGAAAUAACCUGGCUUUGGCACCGUACCUUGAUCUACUGAACCACUCCGUAGAAGCACAGGUAGAUGCUGGCUUCAAUGAGAAGACAGGAUGUUACGAGAUCAUAACUCACAAUAGCUACAGGAAGUGUAGUCAGGUGUUUAUUUCUUAUGGUAGUCAUGACAACAGCCACCUGCUGGUGGAGUAUGGAUUCACCCUCCCUGACAACCCCAAUGAUGCCCUCGCAGUGGAUUAUGAUGUGCUGAUGGAUGCUGCUAAAUCUCUUGAUGUUAGUUAUACAGAGAGGAAACAGGACAUCAUACAAACAAACAACCUACACAGAAAGCUGGCCUGUACAGUGGAAGGUCUGUCGUGGAACUUACUUAUGAUAACAAGGAUUCUGGCCAUGGAUUGGACCGAGUUACAGAAUUGGAAGGUUGUACUGCAGGGAGGUGUUAUAUCAACCAGAAAUGAGAGGUUGAGCAGGAAUAUAGCUCGGUCAUUCCUAACUCAGUACAUACAACAGAAUCAGGGACUGAUCUCCAAAUUUCCCCCAUUUUCCAGUAUGAACAGGAUGGAGAAGUUAAUUUUCUCCGUUGUCCAAACUGAGAGGAACAUUCUUCAUUUAACCUGGACAUUUCUGACUUGAGGACUCAGAUAUAGGAAACAGUAUUUCUGAAUUUUACAAAAAUCUGGAACUCAUCAACCCAGACAGAUUUAAUUCUAGACUCAGCCAGCUGAAUCUGAAGGAGAUACUUACACUGUAGUUAUCUGGGAUCCUAGAAAGUCUAGCUGGGACUGAUACAUGCUUUAUUGACUGUGAACAUAUGUACUAGUUGAACAGGUCAACCUCUGAAAUCAUUCCUUUUAUUCAAUGUCAAUCAAAUUUUCCAUCAUUAUAAUGGUGAAUGGAAAGACUAAUUUUAUCCAAAUGUGGAAAUACAGAAAUUCCACAUAUGGGACUCUGAAGAGUUACAUUCGUUAAAAAUGUUACCCUCUGAAUGAUGAAACCACCCCCUUCAGCACGUUAGAACAUAGAAACAGUCAAUUGCUUGAUGACGGGUGAUAUUAAAAAAAUAUAGUGACUGUGCGGAAUCUAUGUGCGUGUGCUUCACCUUUCUUUGUAUUUGUGUAAAAUAUUCAGUAUAAUAUAGAAGAUAACAUUGAAAAUUUUCACCCCUCGCCUCAGUUGACAAUGGUUUUCUUGGGUGAAAAUUUUUUAUGUUCCACUCAACUACAUGCAAUAUUUUUUAUAUAAUAUUAACUAUUAUAUUUACUACAGAACUAAUUGUAAAUAAUAUUUGAAUAAUAUAUUAAAAAUAUUAUACCAUAUGGAACUCCUUAAAG